AUGCAUCUGAAAUUACAACUGUUAGCUUUCAUCGCUGGCUCCCUCUGCUACGUGGGAUAUUUCAAUCGUGGUGAACAUCACAUGCAUGGCACAACUUACAUCCAAAUUCACACAAUCACAUAUGCAGUCUUGGCUGCUCUGCAGUAUCAACUGGGGGCCACUCUGAAGGAGGCCUUGAAACAGACAUGCUUGUAUGAUGGUAUAUUUUUGGUCGGUUUAUUUGCAAGUCUUCUUUUGUAUCGUGCUUUCCUAAACCCGCUUAACGUCUUCUCGGGGCCAUGGAUAGCACGCAUCAGCAGCUUUUAUAUGCCUUUUCGCAUCCAAAGAAUGCGAAUGUACAAGGCUUUACACGAGCUGCACGAAGAAUAUGGCUACUUUGUGCGUAUUGGCACUCAAGAACUUUCGAUUACGCAUCCGAGCGCGGUCCAGGAGAUAUUCGGAGCCGAUUCAGUGUGUCAAAAGAGUCCGUGGUACGACCUUACUCGGCCACAAGACUCCGUGCUUCUUCGUCGGACCUUUACUGGGCACGCCGAACUGCGUUCAGUCUGGAGUCAAGCCUUCUCUGUAAGGGCGGUUAAGGGCUAUGAGAAGCGAAUUCACACAUAUAGGAGCAAACUCAUUGCCGAACUCGAUGCUCACGCUGGUCAACCUGUGAAAAUUAACCACUGGCUGGGGUUGUAUUCCUGGGAUGUCUUGAGCGACCUAUCAUUCGGUCAUUCAUUUGGCAUGCUGGAGACUAAGGAGCAUCACUGGGCAAUGAACGUUCUCGAUAAAGGGAUGAGCCCUAUUGCUUCCCAUUUGCCAAUGUGGUUUUUCCAUAUUGUGGCCUCAGUCCCCGGCGGCAACAAGGAUAUGAAGUUCAUGUUAAAGUAUUGCAAAGAGGAAAUGCUUAGAAGAUGGAAGACUGAGCCUCAGGUACCGGACGCGAUGAGUGCCCUCUUUGCACCAUACAGGAAGAAGGAAAAGAAUUUUGAUGAUGCUGCGGUAAAUCUCUUGGCUGGAGAAUCACACCUACUUAUCAACGCCGGAAGCGAUACCACGAGAAUCACGAUGGCUUGUAUCUUUUGUACGCUUACUCAACAACCCGAGCUCGCGGAGAGGUUGCGUAAAGCAUUGGAACCUCAUGUUCCACAAUCGCCCGAUGAAAUUUUGAUGGACGACCAAAUCAAAAACGUAGACCUUUUGAAUGGGGUUGUUCAAGAGGCACUUCGCAUGUAUCCACCAAGUCCUAGCCAUCCAACUCGGGUGACUCCUCCCGAAGGUACUAUGAUCGCUGGCCGAUUUAUCCCGGGCGGAACGCAAGUGAUGGCCCCUCAGUACGUUAUCGGACGAGACGAACUUAUCUUUCCCCGUGCCAAUGAGUUCAUUCCCGAACGUUGGUACAGCCUCCCAGAGUUGGUCAAAGACAAGAAUGCAACGGCGCCAUUUUCACUGGGACCCAUGAAUUGCGUCGGAAAACAACUCGCAAUGGCGAAUAUUCGAGUUACGGUUGCAACGCUCGUCAUGCGCUAUAACUUGAGUUUCGCCCCCAGUCGCACCGAUCCGGCAAUUGAUUUCGAGCAAGGCAUGUAUGAGCAUUUCAGUAUGCAAGCUGGCCCACUGUCCCUAUGCUUAAAGAAGCGGAAUAAAUAA